UGAACCUGAAAAGCUGCAAAUCUGCAUGAAGACAAACUCAACGCACUGCAUGGCCACUUAUUCAGACCGAAUCCUUGACUGAUUCUCAGCAUGAGCACAACUCUUCUAAAGACUGCAUCGCUGCUCAUUCAGAGCACACAAAGCCCAGCUUCAGAGGCUCACGCCACAUGACGACCUCAAACUCAAGUAGAAAGCUCUGACACUGAGAUGUUAUAAUUGUCACAACAAUUGCCAAAACUCAAACACAACCAUGGUCUGUUCAGGGAGGUGUCUUAGCUUCAGGGAAGUGGCAUAUCUGGGUAGUGUAAUGAUGGAAAACAGUGGUAAGUCAUGCAGUCAGACUGGGGCGUGUACCAGCUACAGUUUAAACCUGGGAGUUUCCAAAACAACCUUCAACUCCAUAUGCUGCGAUUCUGAUCUCUGCAACAGUGGACCAGUUCCAGUUGUAGACCUGCAGCCCAACGGGAAACAGUGUUACUUCUGUGUUGGAAACAACUGCUUAGGAAAUGUGCAUUGUGAGGGAAUUGAAGAUCACUGCAUCUCUUAUACAGAUGUUAUAAAUGGCAGGAAUGUCACUUUGAAAGGAUGUGCAAGUAAAAACUUCUGUGAUACCUCAUCAUCAAGGCUGCGUUUAAGCAGCAUGAAUAUCACCAGCAGAGAAGUAUCUGUGAAGUGCUGUAAGGGGAACCUCUGUAACGGUGCUGAGAGCGUUACACUGAGUUUCUUCCUCAUGCUGUUCUUCCUGCUUUCCUGUUUUCUCCUCCACUGAGCUUGUGGCUGAUCAGUUCUUUGUCAUUUAUGAAAGUAUGAAAAAUAUUAAUCCCCUUUUGGGGAACUCAACUGAUUCUCCUAUUUUGUCUGUUUUGUGCUUCACUGAGAAAUCCAGUUUUAUUGUAUCUCUAUUUUUCUGUGCUUUCAAGCUAUAAAUACACCUCGCUUAUAUGGAAACAGCUGCA